AUGCUCCUCAGUCUCCAGGAGCAGGCAUCAGCUCCUCCCAGGGACUGUGGGAACAGAGGCCACGCCCCCACCUGGGACUCAGUGGGGCUGAGAAUCUGCACUUCUGGUUGGUUUCCAGGACGGGGUGCUGCUGUUGGUUUGGAGACCCACUCUUCGACAUCUAUGAUGCUUUGGUGGAGCCUGCUUAAGCGUGGCUGUGUCUGUAAAGAUAAAGGCCAGUGCUACUGUGAUGGGGCCAAAGGGGAGAAGGGGGAUAAAGGUUUUCCCGGACCCCCUGGUCCUCCUGGCCAGAAAGGAUUCCCAGGUCCAGAAGGCUUGCCGGGACCACAGGGACCCAAGGGCUCUCCAGGACUUCCAGGACUCACCGGUCCCAAAGGAGUGAGGGGAUUAACCGGGUUACCAGGAUUUUCAGGCCCUCCUGGACUUCCAGGCACCCCCGGCAAUCCGGGGCCUUACGGACUUCCCGGUUUACCAGGAUGCAAUGGCUCUAAGGGUGAGCGAGGGUUUCCAGGAUUUUCAGGAGCACCAGGCUACCCUGGGGUCUCGGGUACUAAAGGAUUGAAAGGGGAAAAGGGUGCUCCUGCUAAAGGGGAAGCUAGAGAAUUUGAUGGAAAAGGUGACCCUGGGUUGCCGGGAGCUCCAGGAUUCCAGGGUUUGCCAGGUCCCCCAGGUUUUCCUGGGCCUGUUGGCCCACCUGGCCCACCAGGAUUCUUGGGCUUUCCAGGAGCCAUGGGACCUACAGGACCCAAGGGUCAUAUGGGCGAUAAUGUGAUGGGACAAAAAGGAGAGCGGGGUGUCAAAGGAUUAAUGGGACCCCCAGGACCACCAGGAACAGUUAUUGUGACACUAAUCGCCCCGUAUAACAAAACGGAACUCAAGGGUGAAAAGGGAGACAAGGGGGCAAUGGGUGAACCUGGACCGCCUGGACCCUCCGGGCCUCCUGGAGAAUCGUAUGGAUCUGAAAAAGGUGCUCCCGGAGAAUCUGGCCCGCAGGGAAAACCUGGAAAGGACGGUGCCCCUGGCUUCCCUGGCACGAAGGGAGCCAAGGGCAUCCGGGGCUUCCCCGGGUUAAUGGGUGAAGACGGCAUUAAGGGAUGGAAAGGGGACAUUGGCCCUCCGGGAUUUCGUGGUCCAACAGAAUAUUAUGACACAUACCAGGAAAAAGGGGAUAAAGGAAUUCCAGGCCCACCAGGACCCAGAGGACCCCGUGGCCCACAGGGUCCUGUGGGCCCCCCCGGAGCUCCUGGAAGUCCUGGGUCAUCAAGACCUGGCCUCAGAGGAGCCCCUGGAUGGCCAGGCUUAAAAGGAAGUAAAGGGGAAAGAGGACCCCCAGGAAAGAUGGGUUCUCCCGGGUCUCCCGGUUGCCCUGGUUCACCAGGCCCUCCAGGAUCGCCCGGACCUCCAGGACCACCAGGUGACACCGUUUUCCGCAGGGGUCCACCUGGAGAUCCAGGGCUACCAGGUCACCUAGGGCCCCCAGGAGUUCCAGGAGUUCACGGGCCCAGAGGAGACCCAGGCCUCCCGUGUACGCUGUGUCCUAGCACCCCAGGGUCUCCCGGUCUCCCAGGACUGCCAGGCCUAGAUGGAGUAAAAGGAAUUCCAGGAGGACAAGGUGCACCUGGCCUGAAAGGAAGCCCAGGAUCCCCAGGAAAUAGAGGUCUUCCAGGACUUCCGGGAUUCCCUGGUGCUCGAGGUGAUCCUGGCCUUAAAGGGGGAAAAGGUGAAACAGCUCAGGCCCAGGGGCCAGCGGGUGCCCCAGGUGAUCCUGGGCUCCGAGGGACUCCUGGGAGAAAAGGAGUCGAUGGGAUUCCUGGAACCCCAGGAGUGAAAGGAUCGCCAGGACCUAAAGGUGACCCGGCCCUGAGUGGCGUGAAAGGAGACCAGGGUCCUCCAGGGGAUCCUGGCUCCCCUGGCUCCCCAGGACCUGCAGGACCAGCUGGACCACCUGGCUAUGGACCCCAGGGAGAGCCUGGUCCAAAGGGUACCCAAGGAGUUCCCGGAGCCCCUGGACCACCUGGAGAAGCCGGUCCUAGGGGAGAAUUCAGUGUUUCAACACCAGUUCCAGGGCCCCCAGGACCUCCAGGAGCCCCUGGCCAUAUUGGCCCCCAAGGUCCACCUGGUAUGCCUGGAUCCAUGGGGAAAUGUGGUGAUCCUGGUCUUCCCGGGCCUGAUGGUGAACCAGGAAUUCCAGGAAUCGGAUGUCCUGGGCCUCCUGGACCUAAGGGAGACCAAGGUUUUCCAGGAGUAAAAGGAUCACCAGGUUGUCCUGGAAACAUGGGAAAGCCUGGGUUACCUGGAAAGCCAGGCCUCCCUGGAGCCAAGGGAGAACCAGCACUAGCCAUGCCUGGAGAGCCAGGAGCACCAGGUUUUCCAGGAGAAAGAGGCAAUCCUGGGGAAAAUGGAGAAAUUGGACUCCCUGGACUUCCAGGGGGACCUGGAAGUCCAGGAAAUGAUGGGCUUGAUGGACCACGAGGAGAUCCAGGAAAACCUGGACCACCAGGACAAAAGGGACUCCCAGGAAGGUGCCUAGAGGGUCCCAGGGGAGCCCAAGGACUUCCAGGCUUAAACGGGUUGAAAGGACAACAAGGCAGAAGAGGUGAAAUAGGCCCAAAGGGAGACCCUGGGAUUCCUGGUUUGGACAGAUCAGGAUUUCCUGGAGAACCUGGACUGCCAGGAAUGCCAGGCCAUCCAGGAGAGAUGGGACCACCUGGUCAGAAAGGACACCCAGGAAGUCCAGGAAUUUCAGGGAUGCCAGGUGAAAAAGGAAUGGUUGGGAUGAUGGGCUACCCAGGACUCAUAGGCCCUCCUGGCAUGCCUGGGAGUCCAGGCACCCCAGGGCAGAAGGGUAGCCUUGGAAUUCCAGGAGUAAGCGGUACAAGAGGACCCCCAGGAGCCAAAGGGGAGAAAGGACAAAAAGGAUACUCUGGGCCUUCUCGCUUGAUUGAAGUAAUAGGAGACAAAGGAGAACCAGGACUCAAAGGACUCACAGGAAGACUGGGUGAAAAAGGAGACAGAGGAACUCCAGGGAUACCAGGUUUACCAGGCCUCGAGGGACCACCUGGACCACCAGGUCCACCAGGCCCCAAAGGAGAUCUGGGCAGCACUGGAAAUCCUGGAGAACCGGGACCACGUGGCGUGCCAGGAAGCACGGGGAACAUGGGUGUGCCAGGUUCUAAAGGGAAGAAGGGAACUUUGGGACUUCCAGGUUUAGCUGGAAGACCAGGCCUCCCAGGUAUUCAUGGUUUCCAAGGAGACAAGGGAGAGCCAGGCUACUCAGAAGGUACAAUACCAGGACCACCAGGAUUGAAGGGGGAUCCAGGAUUGCCAGGUGACAUGGGAAAGAAAGGAGAAAGAGGGCCACCUGGCCUGCCUGGACAUUCGGGGCCUGCUGGAUCUGAGGGAGUCCCUGGGAGUCCUGGGAGUCCUGGCCACCCAGGAAAGCCAGGUCCUGAUGGUGAUUUGGGGUUUAAAGGACUCAAAGGCUUCCCGGGCCCUCCAGGAGUGAAAGGCCCUCCAGGCCCUCCAGGGUCCCCUGGAUCUCCUGGACCCAUGGGUAUAAGAGGUAACCAAGGUCGUGAUGGAAUUCCUGGCCCGGCUGGAGAAAAAGGAGAACCGGGUUUGCUGGCAGCACAUCCAGGCCCGAAAGGGAAACCAGGUGAUCGAGGAGCCAAAGGAGACAAGGGAGCCCCAGGCUUACCUGGCCUCCCCGGCAGGAAAGGACCAACAGGAGAUGCUGGGUCUCAAGGACCUGUGGGCAUCCCAGGACCCCCAGGGCUACCUGGUUUGCCUGGUGUCAUCAUCCCUGGCCAAAAAGGAAACCGAGGUCCUCCAGGCUCAAGGGGAAACCCAGGUGAGCCCGGCCCACCCGGACCUCCGGGGAGUCAUGUAAAAGGCAUAAAAGGAGACAAAGGAUUUAUGGGCUCCCCUGGCCCCCAAGGUCCACCUGGAACUGUAGGAGACAAGGGGCCACCAGGUUAUCCGGGACCACCAGGGAACCCCGGUUUCCCAGGGCUCAGAGGUGAUCCUGGAUUCCAAGGAUUUCCAGGCAUAAAAGGAGAGAAGGGUAAUCCAGGAUUUCCAGGAUCAAUUGGACCUCCGGGACUAAUUGGGCUAAAAGGACCACCUGGCGCCCGAGGAAGCCCUGGAACACUCAAGAUCAUCUCCCUGCCAGGAAGUCCGGGACCACCUGGUCCACCUGGAGGCCCAGGGAUGCAAGGAGAACCUGGGCCCCCAGGGCCACCCGGAAACCUAGGACCCUGUGGACCAAAAGGUAAACCAGGCAUGGAUGGAAACCCAGGAAUUCCUGGACCAGUGGGAGAAAAAGGCAACAAAGGUCGCAAAGGAGAGCAAGGACCACCAGGAUCAGACGGAUUGCCUGGUUUGAAGGGAAAACCUGGAGAUAUUGGACCACCUGCAACCAGGACAGCACUGAGGGGCUUUGUCUUCACUCGACACAGUCAAACAGCAGCGACACCGUCAUGUCCAGAAGGGACAGAGCCACUCUAUAGUGGGUUUUCUCUUCUUUUUGUACAGGGAAACGAACGAGCCCAUGGACAAGACCUCGGAACUCUUGGCAGUUGCCUGCAGCGAUUUACCACAAUGCCAUUCUUAUUCUGUGACAUCAAUGAUGUGUGUAAUUUUGCAUCUCGAAACGAUUAUUCCUACUGGCUGUCGACACCCGCUCCAAUGCCAGUGGACAUGGCUCCCAUUACUGGCAAGGCGCUCGAGCCAUACAUUAGCAGAUGUACCGUGUGUGAAGGUCCUGCUAUUGCCAUAGCUGUUCACAGCCAAACCACUGACAUCCCCCCAUGUCCCCACGGCUGGAUUUCUCUCUGGAAAGGAUAUUCUUUCAUCAUGUUCACAAGCGCAGGUUCGGAGGGCGCUGGGCAAGCGCUGGCCUCCCCCGGCUCCUGCUUGGAAGAAUUUCGAGCCAGUCCCUUUAUAGAGUGUCACGGGAGAGGAACGUGCAACUAUUAUGCGAAUUCCUACAGUUUCUGGUUAGCUUCAUUGAAUCCGCAGCGAAUGUUCAGAAAACCUAUUUCAUCAACCGUGAAAGCUGGAGAGUUAGAAAAAAUAAUAAGUCGCUGUCAGGUGUGUAUGAAGAGAAGACACUGAAGACAUGGAGGAAAGAGGGAGACCUGCUGUUUUUCAUCCUUCAUAACAGUGUAAUGUCUCAGAAUGUGAAUUUAUUUGAAUGUUUUUCUCUAAAAAAACAAUAUUAUUCUGUAAUGGUUGGCAAUAUUAUUCUAUAAUGGUUUAGUGCAAAGUUUCAACUGCUACUCCACACAACAGAGCAUUUAAGUCCGUUCUGUGGUCCUGGUCUCUAAAUCUGUGCCGUUUCUAGGCUCCCCGUGGCAAGGCUGCAGCUCCUCACAAAGUGUCACUGAUAACCCCGGUAUCCUGUGCCUGAUCUAAAUGGUGACUAUGUAACCUUUGAGCCACAAAUUAAGAGAUAUUAUGGCCACUGGCUUGCCAACAUUUGCCACUUUCUCUUCUAGUCUUUGAGAUUCAAGGAGACCGAAUCAGCCUUAGAUUGCCCUGCCAUCCUUUUCUUUUUCUUUUCCUUUUUUUUUUAAGAGAUUUUUGCUAUAGGGUGCAUGUGUAUGCCUGG